AUGGCUGCCGUUGCGGAGCUCAAGAAGCGGACGAGGAGAGACUACAAGUAUAUGCUCGAUUAUAGAACCAGAUGGAUCGACAAUGACAUGUACGACCACAUGAACAACUCAGUUUACUACUACCUUUUCGACUCGGUCGUGAACACCUACCUCAUCCAGCACUGCGGCCUCCACCCCCCGACAUCGCCCGAGAUCGGUCUGGUCGUCCAUUCACACUGCGACUAUUUCGGGCCCCUGGGGUUCCCCGCCGUCGCUGACCUCUGCUUGCGGGUGAACAAGCUGGGGAAGAGCAGCGUCACGUAUGAGAUUGGGGUGUUCGAGCAGGGCAGCGAGGAAGCCAGGGCGGUCGGCGAGUUCGUUCACGUCUUCGUGGGCCGAGAGAACCGGAGGCCUGGAGUCAAUGGAAUGGGGACAGCGCUGCGGGAAGGACUGGCGAAGCUUACAGUCGAUGCUCAAGCAAAAUUGUAAGCGGAACGCGUCCAUGGAGGGCGGACUGCUUUGCCUAUG